AUGUCUUCAGCUCUUGUAAGACAAGCACUCGCAUUCAUUGAGGGAGAAGAAAGUGGACGGAAGAAACGUCAAAGCAAAUCAUCUCAACUUCAGGGGCCGAAAGUUCAAAAUUAUAAUCAUCCAUACAAACGUAAAAGCAAGAAAACGGUUAAAGUAAUACACAAAUCUGAAGAAGAAACAGCAGAAGAAAAUAUCAGAAAAUUAUUAGCGCUUUCUGAAUCUACUGCUAACAGUAGUUUUGCAGAAAAAAUUGUAGAGAGGGCAGUGAAACGAAAACCAUUAGCAGAGAAAAUUGAAAUCAAAACUGAGGAGGGCAAAUCCAUUUUGUUUCCAGAAGAGUCUUUCAAAAGUUUUGAGAAGGAAUAUUUUUGCAGCUAA